UGUAUUUAUCUCACUAUCAUCUCACUGUCUCACGUCUUCCUGGACAACUUCUUAUGCAGUGAGUAAUCAAGAUGAAAAACAUGGACCUUGCAUAUUAUAUUAGCCUACUGUGGUAAAGUUGUGCUUGCAUUUCUAGAAAAAUAGUGGCAAUAAGUCCUAUUCACUACGAUACAGCCACAACCCCUGAAGUCAAACCAGACUGAAAUGGGAGGCAAAGCAGAGGAGAAAGAGGCUUCUGGCCUUUUAGAGCGCAGAAAACCAGAGGAAGAAGCAGAAGACAGUGAGAGUGAGAAGGAGGUGGAGGUGGAUGGCAGAGGAGUGCGGAUCCCUCUGCAUCGCUGGGUGAUGCACGGAGCCGUCAUGUUUGGACGUGAGUUUUGCUACGCCAUGGAAACGGCCCUGGUGACGCCUGUGCUGCUGCAGAUAGGCCUUCCUGAGCAGUAUUACAGUUUAACCUGGUUCCUCAGUCCCGUCCUGGGCCUCCUCUUCACUCCUCUGAUUGGCUCGGCCAGCGAUCGCUGCACUCUGCGAUGGGGCCGGAGACGACCGUUCAUCCUGGCUCUCUGUGUGGGAGUGCUGCUGGGAGUGGCGCUGUUUUUAAAUGGAUCUUUAAUAGGCCUGUCCAUCGGCGACAGCCCCAACAGGCAGCCAAUUGGCAUCAUCCUCACUGUAGUAGGCGUGGUGGUGCUGGACUUCUGCGCUGACGCCUCUGAGGGACCAAUCAGGGCUUACCUACUGGAUGUUGCUGACACUGAGGAGCAGGAUAUGGCUUUGAACAUUCAUGCCUUCUCUGCCGGACUCGGUGGAGCGGUGGGAUACAUGUUGGGUGGUCUAGACUGGACCGGCUCGGCUCUGGGCCAAGCAUUCAAAUCACAGGAGCAGGUCCUCUUCCUCUUCGCAGGCGUCAUCUUCAUCGUCUCUGUCACGCUGCACAUGCUCAGUAUCCCUGAGCAGCCUUUCACUCCAUCCAGCCUGCUGAAGGACUCGGGCAGUGCUGAGUCAACCAGCCAGCUGUCUUUAAGGCCAGUUGACCAAACGUCACCUUCACUGGAUGUGAUUGCCGAGGAGGACGCUCAAGCGGACAAAGAGGCAGAUCCAGAGGAAGGAGACAUGGAUUUCCUGGCUGUGGAGCGAGUGCGGAGUAAAAGCGAUUCAGUCUUAGCACUGCCAGACGCUACGAUUAAGUUGGAUCCUGACCUCCACCCGGACACACAAGGUUUCUUGCCGGAGACGUACUUUCUACCAGAAACACAGGAACUGCUGGAAGAUGCUUUCAAACCAUCUGACCACAGUGUUGAGUCUUCGCCUCCUCCUGGUGGACCACCAGCAGUCUUAGUGGACAUAAAUCCAGCUUUUGCUGAAGUUAAGCAUCAAACAAAUGGUCAGCUUCAGGUCAGCUGUGGCUCAGAGGACUCACAUCUGAGACAGCAGAUCAGAGCUGCUAACGGUGCCAGUUCUCGCUUGUCAUCUUCUGACCACCCCAACGCCAUCAAAGGUCACGUUCCCACCAAGCUGGCGAGCCGAACUUCCAAUCCUUCAGUUUCAUCACGACACUCACACACCUACUACAGACAGCCCUCCUUUACGUUUUCAUAUUACGGUCGAGUGGGAUCGCAGCGUUAUCGGCUACGACGUUCGGGACUUCAGAGCCCUCGGCCGAUCACCACCUCCCGCAGCCUGAACGACCUGAGCGGCAUCCUGCUGCGAGCAAACAGGCGACAGUUGCAGCUGUCGGCCAGCAGUCUGUCGUCCGAGGCCUCCAGCAGUGCAGGCAAGGGAACCACUGUGAGGCUGCUCUGGCUGUCCAUGUUGAAGAUGCCGAGGCAGCUCUGGAGACUGUGCGUGUGUCACCUCCUCACGUGGUUCUCCAUUAUAGCUGAAGCUGUGUUUUACACUGAUUUCAUGGGGCAAGUCAUUUUCAACGGAGAUCCCCAGGCACCAGCAAAUUCCACAGAGCUUCAGAAUUAUCACAGAGGAGUUCAGAUGGGCUGCUGGGGGCUGGUGGUCUACGCUGCUACUGCUGCUGUCGGCUCCGCCAUCCUUCAGAAGUAUCUGGAUAAUUUUGAUCUGAGCAUUAAGGUCAUCUACAUCGUUGGAACUCUGGGAUUCUCAAUAGGAACCGCAGUCAUGGCAAUCUUCCCAAAUGUUUACGUCACCAUGGUGAUGAUCAGCAGCAUGGGCGUCAUCUCCAUGAGUAUGUCCUACUGUCCCUAUGCGCUACUGGGCCAGUACCAUGAAAGCAAAGAGUACAUCAACCACAGUCCAGAAAACACUCGAAGAGGUUUUGGUAUUGACUGCGCUAUCUUAUCCUGCCAGGUCUAUAUCAGCCAGAUUCUUGUUGCAUCGGCGCUCGGAUCGGUGGUCGACGCCGUCGGCAGCGUGCGCGUCAUUCCCAUCGUGGCCUCUGUAGGCUCUUUCCUCGGCUUCCUUACUGCCUGUUUCCUCGUCAUUUAUCCAGAUGUGGAUCCCGACAGCUCGGAGCAGGAACAGAAUUUGGUGGAUUUACCCGGAGUGGAAGACGAGACCGGAGAAAGGACCAGUGACCAGACGCUGGCCUUGCUGAACCUCGCAGACAGGGAUAGCUUGAAGAGGACAGAGAAUCAAUCCGUUGUCUGAGAAUUAAACAUUGGUUUGUGGACUACGUCUUGAAGCCUCAAGUUUGGCAGUUUGCCGUCAUCCUCUUUUACAACUGGACCUAACCAACGAGGGAUGGAUCUGACUCUGCGCACACCAAUGUGGUACCUAAAACAUACCACACUUUGUCUUAAAUAUUCCUCUAAAGGAGACCAGAAUUUUAAAAAAUAGCAUCAUGCCAUAUUCAAACAGUGUUGAAAGAAGGGAUUGAGACUAUAAACUCAUUAGAAAAACUGAGGUACCAAAUCAAAUGAGAAGCAGGAGCAUUUUCUCAUACAUUUCUAUACAAUCAGGCUUAUUUUUACAACCUGAGGAGUCGCCCCCUGCUGGCUGUUUGAAAGAAUGCAGGUUAAAGGCACUUCUACAGUGGCUUCACUUUACAGACUCUACAUCGAUAAUUUAAAUACAAUCCGUGUCAUUACACACAAAAGCUAGUAAGCUGAAGCACAAACUUACAAAUCUGUGGCAGUUCUAAAGGAGCAAAGAUGACAAAAGAGGGAAAACAUGUCAAAAAGUCAAUUUUGGGCUCCUCUACUUAUUGUUUUGCUACCUCAUCUCUCAUAAAAAUGCACGUUAAGGUGCUUCUAUAGCUAGAAUUGAGAAAUUAAAACACAAAAACUCACAUGACAGUGAACAGACUGAAGAAAAAAACUGAGAAUGCUUAAGUCGAAUGAAGGUAUUCACUGGUAGAGGACACAGAAGUUCCAAAAAUUCAGAGGGCUGCUUUGAGCUGAAACUCUAAAAACACAAACAGCACUUAUACAUGUUAAAAUAAAGUCGGGAUAUAACCCGUGUGUAGAGGCAGAAGCAGCCUUCCUCGGGGUUUAAUCCAGAGUGUACAGAGUUCUGCUUCAGUGGAUGCAGGACGAUCGCAAACACCUGAGCAGGAAGCGAAUAAACUUUCACAUUAAAAAAGUUCAGUAUGAUCACUGGGCAGCUCAAUAGAGUUAAAAAAAAAAAAAGUAGAAAGAUUGUAAUAUUAAUAGAUUAUAUAGAAUAUUUAACUAUUUCCAACAUCAGCACCAGGCCUCAACUGACUAAAAGAAAGACUGAAAUCAAUUUGUUAUUUUAGUGUUGGGUGUCUCAGAGUUUCUUUCUGCAAUAGUAAUUUCAGACAAUCACUGCCCCAAAUAUUCUUUUACAACUUUUCUAAGCCUUCAUCCAUAAGGCUGCGUAUAGAGUAUAUAAGCAAUUUAGUCCAACUACUGACACAAACAUAGCCUUUAUUUAAACAUAAACAGCACUUUCCUGUUGCACCGAUGCGGCAGAAUAAUGUACUAUGUGACAUUUUAGCUGCUUCGUAAUGGCUUAAUGGACGAUCAUUAUGCUGUAGAAGUGUUCCCUCUGCAUUACCUGUAGGCUGAAUACAGGUGUAAAUAUUUGUACCGGUUUCUUGAUGGAUUGCCUUGACAUUAUAUUUUUAUAUUUUAAAAGCCAGGAAAUUGCUACAAGUGCAGGUAAAGCCUCAAAACAGCUUUUACAAUGUUGAGACCUGUUGCAUAACAAGCUGGCGUGCAGUUAGAAGUGCCUUUUUGUGAUUUUUGCCUGGACAGAAUUAGUGCAAUUGUGAAUGCCAAAUUCUGCUUUUAUGCUACACACACAAAAAAAACCAAAUUUUUAUCAUAAUGUAGGUAAGAAAUC